AUGGUUCUUCAUUCGACUGUUUUCUUCUUCCUGGGAAGCGGCCGUGCCAUCAAUACUAUAUUAGGCAGAUCCUCGCUGCAAAUUCUGGUUAUGACCACUGGCUGUCCUAUCAUUAGAAUCAACCCGAAUGAGAUCCAUAUUGACGAUCCUUAUUUCUUCGAAGAGGUGUUUAAUCAAUCAAACGGCCGAACGCAAAAACCUCUAAAUGUUGCUGAAGCAUUCGGUCCAUAUCCAGCGGUACAUCUCUGUCUUUAUCAAUCAACGACAUCGUCUCAAGAAUCCAACGUCCUAUCCUCGCCUUUGCGAUCGACUUUAGGAGGCAAGCAACCAGAUAAACUUUUGAGGGAAGACUUUGGUCGUAAGUCUUUUGACGAUGUGGACAACUUCUUGGUUAUUAGUCUUUUGAACAACGGGAACAAAAUCUUGGCUCCUGCCAUGGCAGAUAUCCUUGAUUGCCGCAAGGAUCUCUCGAAACAAGUAGAGUCCAUUCGACAUGAGCACGAAGUGCCCAAAUCAAGGAAACUUGUCGAUAAGGCUGUCUUUCAUGAACUACUGGAGAGCAAGUUACAACUCCAAGAAAUGGAGCGAGACAGACUACGUGAUGAAGCUCUUAGCCUAGUCACAGCAGGUUCUGGUACAACGGGAGUAGUCUCUGUAGAAAAUCUUGCAAAUAACUGCUUACUAUUUUUGUAUCCUCAAAGCACAUUUCCUCAGAGGAACCUCAUAUCACAUCUCGGCCAACCCUGGGGUUACUCAGAGACUUCACAAGGAGCUGAAAUCUGCCAUCCCAAACCCUUCAAAACCUCUUUCACUAUUAGAAUUAGAAAAACUGCCGUACUUGACAGCUGUCAUCCAAGAAGGGCUUCGUCUUGCCGAUCAAGUUACCCACCGUAUUGGCCGACAGUUUCCAGAAAACCCUUUAUUUUCCAUGGUGAAAAGAUUCCAACCGGAACAAUAGUUAGCACGACAACCUUACCCGCGCAUCAAAAUAAAAACAUCUUCCCGGAAUCUAUGGCUUUCAAGCCCGAAAGAUGGCUGGGAAACGAGGACAAAAAGCUCGAGCGGUACCUUGUCCCCUUCAAUCGCGGGACCAGAUCCUGCUUAGGUAUCAAUCUCGCUCGUGCAGAGCUCUAUUUGAUUUUAUCUUCUGUGUAUCGACGGUUUGAUUUCGAUGUUUCACAAGUUAACCGAGCGCGUGGUAUAGAUGCUAGCCGAGACUACAUUCUAGGCGCCCAGGCGAGAGACAUCCCUGGUAUAUUGGUUAAAUUGAGAGAGACAGAUUGA